CGUACUGCGGCAUGGGGCCUGCAGCCUUCCAAGACAUAGGUUGACCACCCCGCAAGGCCCGCCUUGAGUUCCCACCACCCUCACCGUCGCCAUGGACAUCGUUCAAGCAAUUUCCGGCUACAUCACUAAGAUGGUGUCGGCCGGGGACAGCGCCGCAGGCACCUCCGCCGCUAAGAUGAAGAUACUAUUGCUGGAUAGCGAAACUGUUUCCAUUGUCUCGACGGCAACAACCCAAUCCGCCCUUCUCAACCAUGAAGUCUACCUCACCGACCGAUUAGAAAGCCAAACACGCGAAAAGAUGCGACAUCUCCGCUGUCUGUGCUUUGUUCGACCGACGUCUGAAUCAAUACAGAAUCUGAUUGAAGAGUUACGAGAUCCGAAGUAUGGCGAAUACAACAUAUACUUCAGCAAUAUCAUAAAGAAGUCCUCUCUCGAGCGCUUGGCUGAGGCAGAUGAUCACGAGGUUGUCCGCGCUGUCCAGGAGUACUUUGCGGACUUCCUCGUUAUCAAUACGGACUUGAUGUCACUGAACCUAGGCUUUCCCAACCACAGGAUAUGGAGCACAAGUCCGGACCAGUGGAAUCAAGAUGCAUUGCAGAGAUCUACAGACGGCGUCAUGGCAUUGUUGCUUGCUUUGAAGAAGAAGGCGUUGAUACGAUACGAAAGGAACAGUCUACUAUCGAAGAAGCUGGCCACCGAAGUCCGCUAUCAUAUGACGCAAGAAGAGCAACUUUUUGAUUUCCGAAAAACCGAUACACCUCCUAUUCUGCUAAUAGUCGAUCGAAGAGACGAUCCGGUCACGCCACUGCUAACUCAGUGGACAUACCAAGCCAUGGUACACGAGUUGCUCGGUAUCAACAAUGGAAGGGUAGAUUUGAAAGAUGUGCCCGAGGUUAGGCCCGAGCUCCAGGAAAUCGUGCUCUCACAAGACCAAGAUCCUUUCUUCAAGAAGAACAUGUAUCUCAACUUUGGGGAUCUUGGCCAGAACGCAAAGGACUACGUAGAACAAUUUGCCUCUAAAAGCCAGGGGCCCUCGAAGCUCGAAUCCAUAGCGGACAUGAAGCGUUUCAUCGAAGACUAUCCCGAGUUCCGGAAACUGUCUGGGAAUGUAACAAAACAUGUGACUCUUGUAGGUGAGUUAAGUCGACGAGUUGGCGAAGAAAGCCUCUUAGAUGUCAGUGAGCUGGAACAAAGCUUGGCUUGCACCGACAAUCAUUCGAACGAUGUCAAAAGCCUCCAACGUAUCAUCCAAAAUCCCUCGAUACCGGCGAACAACAAACUUCGACUGACAGCUAUAUACGCACUACGCUACUCGAAACACCCCGCAAACUCAACACCCAUGCUCCUCGAUCUCCUCGGAGUUUCUGGAAACCUUUCUCGUCAUCGCAUUAACCUGAUUACCAAACUCCUUACAUACCACAACUCCCUUCAAAACUCAGCAGUUGCAGGUGGCGGGAUCCCCGAUCUAUUCCAGCCCGGCUCACUCUUCGGCCAAGCGCGGGGUCGCUUAAAAGGACUGAAAGGCGUAGAGAACGUCUACACCCAGCAUUCGCCUCGGUUAGAAACCACUCUUCAAGACUUGAUCAAGGGGCGGCUGAGCCAGCAGAUUUAUCCAUUUGUAGAGGGCGGGCCAAGUACCAGGGACAAGCCACAGGAUAUUAUCGUAUUCAUGGUUGGUGGCACGACGUAUGAGGAAGCUAAGAUGGUUGCACAAGUCAAUGCUAGCUCGCCUGGAGUUAGGGUUGUGCUUGGGGGGACAUCGGUGCAUAACAGCUCAUCUUUUUUGGAGGAGGUUGAGGAUGCGGUCGAGUCUUGGCCGGAGCCUGCACCGACAUCUGCAGCUGGGAGGCUGAGGAGGGAGAUUGGGCGAUGAUGAGAAUCAAUUGUGGAAGUCGAUCACUCGAUUGCGCAGACGGGACUGUUGGUUCAAGGUCAGGACAAGAAUUACAAAUUGACGCUACAUUGCGUAGAUAUCCCAGAGACCACAUAUCUCCCGGCAAGGACGAAUUGAGGCAAACGCUGGUCACUGAAGCUGCGCUUGUGCUGAGCUUGAUGAAAACCUGGUAGGAACACCAGCUUUUCCAACAAUCCUGCUAGUAGUCAUCGUCGUCGUCGUCACAAGAGCUUGUAUAGGUAUAAUGAGCUAGGAAAGGGAGUUAGCGCUGUAGCAGUAAUGAGUCAAACCUAGUCACUUAGACGACAUACGUUCUGAAUAGCUGUUUGACUCC